CAAUAUAUACCUUCUUUACACUUGAUCAGCCUGGCACUCAGUCUGUGUCUCAGGCUUCAACAACUCUGCCUCGGUAAAAUCCAAAUCCUGCUUUCAACAUGGCCACUGAAAAAAGACUGUCUGCAAGACGUAAGCACACUCUGAAGAGCUGUAUGCUGGUGGUCGCCAACAAUUUACUGGAGGCCGAAUCUCAGGUGAAGGCCACGGAGAGAGAGAAGUUCCUCGCUGAGAAAUGUCCUCCUUUGGAUGUGCCUUAUUCCAGGGAGGAGCUACUGGAACUUUGCAAUAAACUGCAUCAGCAGAUUAACAUCAGUGAAGAGGAGAGAUACUGCACAGAGUUCAAACUGAACAUGGUGCUCAACGAGGUCAGGGACCUGAACAUCAAGAUUGUGGAUCUCAGGGGAAAGUUCAAAAGACCACGACUGAAGAAGGUGCGUAUGUCUGCUGACGCCAUGCUGAAGGCUCUGCUGGGCUCCAAACACACGGUCAACAUGGACCUGAGGGCCAACCUGAAGCAGGUCAAGAAGGAGGUUAAAGAGGAGGACAAGCAGCUGCGUGAUGUUGGAGACUGGCGCAAGAACAUUGAAGACAAGUCUGACAGGAAGAAGAUGUUUGACAGUUAAAUUUGAUCUGUCAUUGAUUCAUAGCCUCAACAGAAUCAUUAUUUUGAGGUGGUGUUGUGUGGUCAUGAGCAGCCAAUAUCUUACAGCAGAAAUGUUCUUUUUAAAAACAGGCAUUAGUUGCAGAGCUCCUGGUUAGUAAAAGCAGGACGCCUGCUCUACUUCAUAAGGGUUAAGGAUACAUUCACACAGCAGGCGAAUGCAACACAAAUCUGAUGUUUUUGCCCACUUUUUCAUGGCAGUGUGAACGUAACGUAAGCUGACCUAUUACUCCUCCUGGUUUGGUCCAAUUUUUGAAGUUGUAAUAGAGCUGAAAUAGCUAUAAUUUGGAAGGCUAAGAUGAGAUCAAGUGGCAAGUGCUACACAUAGGGGAGUAUCAGAUUCUCAGGAUGGCAAACAAAAGCGUUGCUUAUGUUUGAAGGAUUGAUAGUUUUUUAAUGGUGAGCAAACAUAUCCUAACACGGAGCUCAUCUGCCAUCUCUCUUUUUUUGUUUGUUUUUUUAAAAAGGGAUUAGAGGAAGUUAUACUCGUCAACGGCGGGGGCUACAAAGGGGGGUUGCACAUUUACUGCUGGACUAUUAUUUUAAACAGGCUUCUGUUUCCUCAUUGCAAAGACAUUUGGUGCUGUAGGUAACGCUUUGUCAGCUCAUGAUCUCUUGACAGAACCACACUUAAAAAUCUCAAAACCAUUACUUUUAGCAUGAUUUUAAGGGCUGGAUUAAAGCACAGUAAAGGUUUUGGGUGUUGAGCUCUUCUAAUAUGUAGAAUCCAUAUGUACUGUUGUCAUCAACUGUAGAACUAAGAUAUGAUUCUGUCCUUGACUGUAAAGGUUAAAAAUAUGUAUAUGUAACAAAAUGCUUUCCCAACAAUGUAUGUACUACAAAAGUAAAUUUUAACAUUUACCUACAAUAAAAGAAUAAAGCCCUUAAACUUCA